AUUAUGCAGGCAUUCAACAAAAUGCAAACAACCCCUUCCCGUAUAAAUUCCCAGCAUUUCCUCCAUUUUCCAUCUCCAAAUCGAUUCCCCUAAACCAUCAUAACAUUAACCUUCGAUUCAAAUGGGUGUGCAAAAGGAUGAUAAGAAGAAGGGUGGCGGUGAGAAGAAGCUUGAAGAUGGAGGCGGUGCAAAGAAGGCCGACGCCGGCAGCCUCACCGUCGUGUUAAAACUCGAUUUGCAUUGCGAUGGAUGUGCUAAAAAAGUAAAAAAAUCCAUCCGCCACUUCGAAGGUGUGGAGAGUGUCAAUGCCGAUAUCGCCGGAAACAAACUGACGAUUACCGGGAAGGUCGAUCCUACGAGCGUCAAGGAGCGAGUGGAACACAAAACCAGGAAGAAAGUGGAGCUUAUCUCCCCUCAACCAAAAAAGGACGAUAAGAAGGUGGAUGAUAAACCGUCGGAGAAAAAAACCGAUGACAAGAAGGCAGGUGAUAAACCGUCGGAGAAAAAAUCCGACGGCAAGAAGGCAGGUGAUAAACCGUCGGAGAAAAAAUCCGACGACAAGAAGGCGGAUGCCAAAAAACCCGAGAUUCAAGCGAGCACGAUCGUGUUGAAGAUUCCACUUCACUGUGAAGGAUGUGUACACAAAAUCAAACGAACUGUAUCAAAGAUCAAGGGGGUAGAAUUGGUAAUACCAGAUGUGGGCAAGGAUUUGGUCACUGUGAAAGGGACAAUGAACGUGAAGGAAUUGACACCGUACUUGAAAGACAAGUUGAGAAGAAGUGUCGAUAUUGUCCCUUCCAAAACUGAUGAGAAAAAAGACGACAAGAAAGAAAAAACUGAUGGAACUGAUAAGAAAGAGAAAGUAAGUGGGGGCGACGGGGAGAAGAAAGCGGUCGGGGGCGAUGUUGCAAGUAGGAGCAUAGAGGUGGUCAACAAGUUGGAAUAUUAUGGACAAAAUCCAUACACAUAUACGAUGCCGACAUAUAAUCAGGGUUAUUACAAUCAAGAUUACGGGGUUUCAACUUCUUCCAACCAUGGUUAUAUUAACGAUGGUUAUGUUAACCAUGGAUACGCCAUGCAGUACCCAAACGAACCUCCACGGCCGCCUCCCAUGUACCUUCAUGACCCUCGUGUUCCGGAUACGGGGAUGUUCAGUGAUGAAAACCCUAAUGGUUGUUCGGUCAUGUAAACCAACAAUUUAAAAACCCUGAUAAUGAAUUCACAAUAUUAACUGUAAAUGAACUAAUUAAGUUCAUGACGAGCAUAAAGCACAAGUCUAGAUCAACGUGUCGUAGUCAAAAUUAUUCGACCUAUUGGCUUAAUAGAAGCUCUCGAUCGACGACAAAUAGAGAUAAAUUGUUCUAACGGACGAUAUUAAUCGGCUUAUACUCAUCAUGCAUUUAUUAUCCUAUUUGGGUUUUAUGAAUUAAUUGUAUAUUCAAUUUUUUUUAAA